GAGCAGAACGGAAUUUUACCGGUGGAAACUCUGAAGGAUUGGGGAAAAAGGACUGAUCAAUCAGCUUAAAAUAUAUAAUAAAGUAUAAAGGAGGAGUUUUCUACUUUUUCCAGUCAAUGAGAGGAAUGCAGGAGAAUUAAGGCUUUAAAAAAACGACUCCAACUAUGGCGAAAAAGUACGAUUUCCUCUUUAAACUGUUGCUCAUCGGGGACAGCGGAGUGGGCAAAACGUGUCUGAUCAUUCGCUUUGCUGAAGACAAUUUCAACUCUACAUACAUAUCCACCAUUGGGAUUGACUUUAAAGUAAAAACCAUUGAAGUGGAUGGAAAGAAAGUGAAGCUACAAGUGUGGGACACGGCAGGACAGGAAAGGUUCAAGACCAUCACUACCGCUUACUACAGAGGAGCCAUGGGGAUCAUCCUGGUUUAUGACAUCACAGAUGAGAAGUCCUUUGAAAACAUCCAGAACUGGAUGAAGAGCAUCAAAGAAAAUGCAUCAGCUGGAGUCAGUCGGAUGCUGCUGGGAAAUAAGUGUGACAUUGAGGCAAAGAGGAAAGUUUCCAAAGAGACGGGAGAGAAGCUGGCUAAAGAGCACGGCAUCAGAUUCUUCGAGACCAGUGCAAAGUCAAGCAUUAACGUGGAGGAGUCAUUUCAGGCUUUAGCACGAGACAUAUUACAAAAAUCCAGCAAGAAGCCGGGCCCUACUGGCCGAGAAGUGAAAAUCACCAGCAACACACAGCAGAAGUCCUCAAAGUGUGUCCUCCUAUAGACUAAAGGACUAAAUGUAGGAAAUGUUGGAAACAAUGCAGCAGGGUUUCUGUCUCCAUCUAGUGGACAAACAAUCUCACUGCAGCCGGGAGCUGAGGUUGUGUUUCUAUUGUGUUUCUGUACUGCUUUUUGGAACUUCUUGUCCUACAAGAACUGCAGGAGACCCGUGGAGUUUGUACUUUCAAAUUGUACCUGUAACCUGACACUAUGCGUAUUCUCUGUGAUUUCUACUGUGAUGAAUACUAAAAAAUGCCUGAAUAGCUCUUUUGUUUUCUUUGUUCUGUUUUUUUUCCAUUUAGAAGCCACGUUUGCUUCAAAGGGACUGAAUUUCCUCCUGUUUUUAUGUAAACAAAGACCUUUUUUUAUCCGAUUUGGCCAAACUUCAAUCAACAACUAAAUUUGAACCAUUAAAUUGUUGCUUUUUUUGCUUUUUUCCCCAAGUCUCAGAGCUAUUGGUAACUCAAAUUCGGAUGUUGAAUCCAUGAAAAUGAAGUUUUUUAAUAAGAAAGAUUGCCAAAAUCAAGGAUUUAUAUAUCAAAACUGUAAAUUAAAAAGGCAGUACACUAUAAGAGUUCGUUUCCAUGUACUUCAGAGACAUUUGCACACUUAAUAAAAAGUUUAUUAUCGAA